AGUUCACAUCGAUCACAUCCCAUGCCAUCACAAGCAAAGCAAAGCGAAGCCUAAUCGUGUUCCUGUUGGUCAUGGGGUUCAACAGAGCACAUUUGUUUGCUGCCUUCGCCCUCGUCCUGCUCAUCUUGUCCCACAGUGCGGAGGCGAUUCAUCCCCGUCCCCGGAUAUGCCAUUCCCCAAGCCAUAUUUAUCAAGGCACAUGCAGCAACCGCAAAUGCGUGGAGGUGUGCCACAGCGAGCACUUCACCGGCGGCUACUGCUCACGCAGAGGGAUUGCUACAAAAGCCCACUGUGAAUGUACCGUAAAAUGCGGCCAUCAAAGUCCUUCACCGCCGUCGGAAGUGCCGGAGCCGCCGCCAUCUGAACGGCCAGCACCAACAAAAGUCAUGUAGGCGAAAAAAGUUUAUGGAGCCAUGGACCACUGACUGAAAGGAUACUGUUUGCGUCUCCAUGGAAAUGUUCAAUUUGUAAGGAACUACACAUGCAUCAUUGAUAUGAAAAUAAUUUGAAGUGCCGAAGCAAUACUAAGAAAAAACCUCUUGAAUUAUA